UUUACGGAAUUUAAAUUUCUGGCAGCGUUCUAAUUGCAAACGUUACCAAAAAUACCGGUCGGCCAAAAUAUACUUCAGAAAUUCGACUUUCAUCGUUUUUUGUUUACAGGUCGAUAUCAUGGCUAAGUUUUACUCGUACGUGGUUUUUAUGUUUAUAUGGAGUGAAUUCGUUAUGAGUUCCAUUUUAGCUGACGAAAGUCGUUGUAACGUAUCUGUGUACAAGACGACUCAGGACCUGGUGUACUGUGUGAGAAACGGGAUCAUCUACGAUAAGACAAGAAGACCAAAGACAUUUUUUCCUCGAGAUCACCCAGUGGUGGUCAACAUUUCUAUCGAGGUCGCCUCUCUUCAAGUCGAUACAGGAGAUAUGGACUUCUCGUUGGAGUUCUUCUUCAGACAAGGAUGGAAUGAUCCUAAUCUGGCCUAUGAAGAAAAUCAAGCAGGCGGAAAGAAGUUCAUUGUCUUUAAGGUCGAUUUAGUGAAAGACUUGUGGACUCCUGACACGUAUAUUUAUGGUAUCAGGUCUAUACAGACCGUGCAGACUGAUAGCGCGGUCCCUGCAAGCGAGGGUCUUCGUAUAUCACCUAAUGGAGAUGUGCUCUUCAGCACCAGGCUUAGUAUGACAGUGUCUUGCUCAAUGACCUUUCACGAUUUUCCCAUGGAUAAACAGAAAUGCUUCUUAAACAUCACUAGUUUUUUCUACACUGAUGAAGAUCUGCAUUACGAAUGGGGCGAGUUAACAGUGCUGAACAAACAUAUUGCACAUUUUGUUCUCGUGUCAUUUGAGAAGAAGAAAACUGUACAAGAGUUUACAUCAGGCAAAUAUGGGUUACUCUCAGUAGCAUUUGAAUUUAAGCGGCGCAUCAACUUCUACCUUCUAAGCUGGUACCUCCCCGCCACACUAAUCGUGGCCCUUUCCUGGGUCGGGUUUUGGAUCGAUACCAAGUCGACACCGGCUCGAAUAUCCCUCGGUACGAUCACAAUUUUGGCAAUGGGCAGUUUCCUUAUUGGCGAACAGGAGGGGUUUCCAAGCGUCUCCUACGUACGGGCAAUUGACAUCUAUCUAAUCACGUGCUUUGUGUUCGUGUUCGGCUGUAUGGUGGAGUACCCCUUUGUUCACUACGCGAAAAGAUUGGCGGAAAAAAUGCAGGCGGAUAAGAAGGAUGACCCAGAGAUGGAGGAUUCAUACCACUUCAAUCAUCACAAUCAAAACAAAGCAAUGGCAAACGGUGUAGUAAAUGGCGGAUUCAUGGAAAAUUUUGCUCCAACAAAUUCCCACGACAUUCAAUGGACCAACCUCCACACAUCAAGUAGCGAGCCUCCAGUGGAAACGAGACCAAAAGAGCAAAAACCAAGCGUACGUCAGCCGCAAAGAACCCGCAACAAAAUGCGGUUCAUAAUUUGUUGGGCAGCGAAACUUGACGAGAUUUGUCGCCUGGCGUUUCCUCUGUCUUUCAUAAUGCUGAGUAUAGCGUACUGGGUAGUGUUCUUAAUCCUUAACUCCCAUGAGUGACCAGGACAGAAAUUCUCCUUACAAUAUCAAUACAAUAUCAAGCAGACGAUAGAUAAUUGUCUCUAAAUGAACCUGAAGAAACUAUGCCGAAACUUAAGUAAUAAAUAUCAGUAAAAUUAGCACCGGAUAAAAAUAAACUCCGUACCUUGUUAUUUAAUGCAAUGAGCUCCAAAACUAAAUAUAAUUUACUUGAAAAUAUUUUAAUGCCAGUUCAGAAUAACAUGAGUGUUUAAUUCUGUGUCCGUAUAAUGAAUUCUGAUAGUUAAACACUAUGUUGAAUUAUCGGAUAUUUACAUCAAUAGAUCAUUAUUCAAAAGUAUACAG